AUGGUCAGCCCGCUGAAUGCGGGUGAUUCCGCACAAGACCAAAACCAAGAUGACAUCGACCGCUCUGUGAACCCUUACCAGCCCACCGCCAUGGAGGUAAUCCUCGUUAGGGCGAUGCUGGAGAAGGCUCUUCGACUGCCACCCGAGAUCAUUAACGGUAUCCUCGAUCAUGCUGAGUACUGGCCCCAUACAUCGACCGUCAUCGACUAUAGUAAUUGGCCCCAGGGGCAAAGGGUUGUCAACGCAGGAGACGGCAACUCGGAGAACGCCUUCUUGCUGCGCACUCUUCCUCUCGGUUUCCUCAAACCGCCUUCUUCGUUCUUCGAAAAUGACGGCAACCGCGAAGUCCCACUCGAGCCGAUUCCUCGCGAGCCCAAAGAGUUCCCCGUCGACACCUACCAGUCCCGCAUAUCCCCCACCCUCAGUCACCCAUGCCGCAAGAUUAAGUUCACCAUCGUUUCCCAUGACCAAGGCUGGGGCGGCGAGCCGCGUACCCGCCGGACUUACAACAACUCUUAUACCUGGUUCGAUAUUGGCCUCGAACGGUGCCUCCAAACCAGCGACGACAUUGACAAGCCGACCUUUGAUCCUCAGACCCUCUCAACUAUUCUGCCAAAAGUGCGCGAGGUUGACCCCAACAAUGACGGAGACCGUCAUGUGCAGGGAACGCACACUUUUGACUUUCCACUAUGCCCCCAGAAAGAUACCAUGAUCCAGUGCAACGAGGUUGCUAAUGGACAAUACCAUCAAUAUGAAGUGGAGUGGAAGUGGACCGACAACAUCUCGAGCGCUGAUCUUUUCGACAGCGGCUAUGGUUGUGAGGAGGGCUUGAUAGAGAACCCCUUACCCAAGGUGGGCCGCGGCCAGGCGACGGGCGACGGAAAGUUCGUGAGGGACUUGAAGCUCGGUGAUGUGAUUACUGUCUGGGCCAAGGCAAGGUUCGCGGGUUGGGCCAAUUACAUCAAGCGUAUCCAGGUGGAUGUUUACUGGGUCGUUUGA